CUCGCCGUGACUAUCCUUGAGGAUACCAUCCGGCUAUUGUUGCGUCCUUUGCGCAGCGGGUCGAGGCACCGGUGCUGAACUGAAGCUCACUCUCUAUUAUUAGGAUAACCAAAGAAGCUUGCUCUCUCCGUGCUGAUGUGAAUUGCUGUCUCUUCCCCCUUCUAGGCAGAUAUAUUUGACCAAAACGCGACCAUGGCAUCCAAGCGCAAAGCGUCUGCGAUGAAUGCAGCUGCCCAGGAUGAGCCCGUAGAUCCAUCCGACGAGCUCAUGUUCCUCUGUCUUGGAGGCGGCAAUGAAGUUGGACGGUCGUGCCAUAUUAUCCAAUACAAGGGCAAAACAGUGAUGCUCGAUGCCGGCCAGCAUCCUGCAUACGAUGGCCUCGCAGCCCUUCCAUUCUAUGAUGACUUCGAUCUCAGCACCGUAGAUGUGCUCCUCAUCAGCCAUUUCCACAUUGAUCAUGCAGCAUCGUUGCCAUACGUCCUGGCCAAGACCAAUUUUCGCGGCCGUGUCUUCAUGACACACCCAACCAAGGCCAUCUACAAAUGGCUCAUCCAAGACAGCGUCCGUGUAGGAAACACGGCAUCAAACUCGGCGACCCAGCUCUACACCGAACAAGACCACCUCAACACCUUUCCACAAAUCGAAGCGAUUGACUAUCACACCACUCACACUAUUUCUUCCAUCCGAAUCACUCCUUAUCCGGCAGGCCACGUGCUAGGAGCAGCCAUGUUCCUGAUCGAGAUUGCCGGCCUCAACAUCUUCUUCACUGGCGACUAUUCGCGUGAGCAGGAUCGACAUCUUGUCUCAGCAGAGGUGCCCAAAGGACUCAAGAUCGACGUUCUCAUCACCGAGUCAACAUAUGGCAUAGCGUCUCAUGUGCCGCGUGUUGAACGAGAGCAAGCUCUCAUGAAGUCCAUCACAGGAAUCCUCAACAGAGGCGGCCGAGCGCUGCUUCCGGUAUUUGCCCUGGGGCGAGCCCAGGAACUCCUCCUGAUCCUGGACGAGUAUUGGGGCAAGCAUCCCGAGUUCCAAAAGUUCCCCAUCUACUAUGCCAGUAACCUUGCCAGAAAGUGUAUGGUAAUCUACCAGACAUAUGUUGGUGCCAUGAACGACAACAUUAAACGAUUAUUCCGAGAACGCAUGGCCGAGGCCGAGGCCAACGGUGACGGAGCAGGCAAGAACGGACCUUGGGAUUUCAAGUAUAUUCGCUCUCUCAAAAACCUGGAUCGCUUUGACGAUGUCGGCGGCUGCGUUAUGCUCGCCAGCCCGGGUAUGCUCCAAAACGGAGUGAGCAGAGAGCUCUUUGAACGCUGGGCUCCUAGCGAGAAGAACGGCGUCAUCAUUACUGGUUACAGUGUUGAAGGUACCAUGGCCCGGCAGAUUAUGCAAGAGCCGGAUCAGAUCCAAGCCGUCAUGUCUCGAAGCAUAGCGGGCGCUCGACGGGGGCCAGGAGCAGAUUCGGAGAAGGUGCUUAUUCCUCGGCGCUGCAGUGUCCAGGAGUACUCUUUCGCCGCUCAUGUUGAUGGUGUAGAGAACAGAGAGUUCAUCGAGGAGGUCGCCGCACCUGUUGUCAUUCUUGUUCACGGCGAGCAGCACAACAUGAUGCGCCUAAAGUCUAAGCUCCUUUCCCUCAACGCCAGCAAAACCACAAAGGUCAAGGUCUACUCUCCCCGUAAUUGUGAAGAGCUCCGCAUCCCGUUCAAAGCCGACAAGACUGCCAAAGUCGUUGGUAAGCUGGCUUCCAUCUCGCCUCCACAGGACAUUGACGCCUCCGCACCUCUUGUAACCGGCGUGCUUGUCCAAAAUGACUUCAAGCUCUCACUCAUGGCCCCCGAGGACUUGCGUGAGUACGCCGGCCUCAACACUACGACCAUCACAUGCAAGCAGCGUCUCACAUUAAGUGCUGCGGGCGUGGACCUAGUCCGUUGGGCACUGGAGGGGACUUUUGGAGCCGUUGAGGAGCUCCCUGAAAUGCGUCGCAUCAAGAACUCCAAGCAGGAUGGAGACAUGGAUGGCGAAGAUGAGACGAUGGCCGAAGAUGCAGACGAGGAGGUUGCCAAUCUGGUGGCAGCUUACCUUGUGAUGGGCUGCGUCUCCGUACGUUAUCGCACCAACGGCGAGGUGGAGUUGGAGUGGGAAGGCAACAUGCUCAACGACGGCAUCGCUGACUCCGUCAUGGCCGUCUUAUUCUCCGUGGAGAGCUCGCCCGCCGCCGUCAAGCGCUCCUCCGCCAACAGCAAACAUUCUCACUCCCAUGGCGAGCCUGAUGACCGUAUCUAUGCUGCCCAGCCCGACAGCAAAAACCCCCACGCCCAUGUCUCCCCUGCUGACCGUCUCGAACGGCUCAUGUGGUUCCUAGAAGCUCAGUUCGGUGCAGACAACGUCGGCCCCGUGGAGGAACCUAAGCUCCUGCCACUACCCGCAGCAUCUCCGAAAGAAGAAGAACAGAAGAAAGAAGGCGACGAAGACGACGCCAUGAAAGCAGAAAAAGCAGAGGAGGAAGAACAGAAGCAUGCCAACGGCACUGAUACAAAGGCAGAAGAAGACAUGGACCUUGACGACAAGAAAGUGGCCGAGGAUGAAGAUGAAGCCAAACAGCAGCUUCAGGAGCGGCAGUUCAAGGAAAUCGCCCGUCUACACAAACUCGGCAUCCCUGUCCCCGGAAUAUCCAUCAAGGUAGACAAGAUGACCGCGACGAUAUGGCUAGAGGAUCUGGAAGUGGAAUGCAACAACAAGGUGUUUGCAGACAGAGUCCGCGCCGUGGUGGAGCGAGCAGUUGAAGUUACCGCUCCGCUGUGGGGAUGAUGAAGAUGGCGAAAAAAGGGCAAAGGGGAAAAAGGAGCGAAAAUCCUAGGAUGAUAUAAUAACUAACGGGAGGGAAAGGGAUUCAUCGGAUAUGGAGCUUUUGAAAGUUUAUUAUUGACGUGGCGGCGGAGUAGUCAAAGGGGGAAUGAACACAAUACUUGGAUGGAUACAUACAUACACCAGCGUUGAAGAAGAAGAAAAUUCAAACAUGUAAUUCACAAAAUACAAGAAACCCUUCAUUGAUGAACUAGAUUGUUUUACGUUUAUAGUGGUGAUAGCAGAUCAGCAAAGUAUGCC